CAACUGAUCUUAACCCCCACCCCAAAAAAACAAAAGAGAAAGAACAAGAAGAAAUAUACUACCACAAAAUGAUGAAACAAGUUAUCAUCUUAUCCUUCUUCAUCGUCUUUCUCUUUCACCCCACCGCAACUUCAGCUCAGGCUCCUGCUCACUCACCAACCCAACCUCAAUCUCCGCGAGUUCAGGCUCAAUCGCCUACUGCUAAACCAGUCCUCGUUCAACCACCAUCUCAUGCACUACCGGCUCCAUCCCAAGAGCCUCUUGUUCAUGCCCCACCGCAAAAGGUGCGAAAGCCAGCCCCCCCUAAUGUCACCGAUAUCCUCGACAAAGCCGGAGGCUUCAGUGUCUUCACCCGCCUCCUUAAGAACACCCAAGUCAUUAAUCAAAUCGAAAACCAACUCAACUCCUCCAACAGCUUGACUAUUUUGGCCCCAACCAAUGGAGGAUUCUCCAGUUUAAAAGCUGGCGCUCUCAAUGGCCUCACCCCUGAGCAAAAAGUCCAGCUCCUUCAGUUCCACAUCCUUCCAUCCUUCGUGUCCCCCCAAAACUUUGAAACCCUAACGAAUCCUGUCCGCACACAGGCCAGCAACACCAAAGAUUACCCCAUGAACAUUACAACAGAGGGAAACUCCGUAAACAUUUCGACUGGCAUAGUGAACACUACACUUUCAGGGACAGUCUACUCCGAUAAUCAGCUGGCCAUUUAUCGAGUCGAUAGUGUUCUUCUUCCUUUAGGUAUCUAUGCUCCAAGAGUAGAUUCCCCAACUCCUUCUCCUUCUCCUGCUCCUGCUCCAGCUCCACUUGUACCAUUAAAGCCAAAGAAGCCUUCUACUCCAGCUUCAUCAUCGUCAACUUUGCCUUCCAACUCAUCAUCGGCGCCUAAACCCUCGAAAGCAUCGUCAAAUUCGUCGUCAUCCGCCGCAGCGUUGAUCAGCCCAGUGGCGGCAUUGGAUGAAUCUGGUGUCCUUGCUCUAACAUCAAGUAAUGGCGUCGCAGUGUCCAUUAUUGGUCUUGUUGUGACUGGAGCCGCGAUGGUUAUGGGUAUGUCGGGUUGAUCCAUUUUCUGAGUUCUGGUAAUUUAUGGCCAGGUUAUAAACUUGGUUGAAUGGAAUUCAUAGAUCACGAUCGAUGAUUGGUCGGGAAUAAUUUGAAAGUUUUUUAUGAUUACUAUUUCAGAGUAGUAGUUAUACUAUUUUAAGUCGUGAUGAUCAGAACUUGUACGUGUGGAUUGAAUUAAUUUGAUAUAUAUUCUUUUGUUU